AUGGCGACCGUUAUCAACCCCCCCAGGGAUCCAAAUACCCUGAGCAAUUACAAUAAUUGGGUGUCCACUCAUAUCACAGCGAAUUUCGACAUCCUCUUUGAGCAGAGAAAGCUUGCUGGAAAUGUGAUCCAUCAGUUCCGUUCUACCACCCAUGGCGAGUCCAAGGAUAUCAUCCUAGACACCAACCAUCUUGAUAUUGGUGGUGUGAAAGUCAACGGACAGCCGUCCGAGUGGGAGUUUCUUCCUCGAUUGGAACCAUACGGCACCCCUCUGAAGAUCAAGCUCGAUCGAGGUGUGAAGCUCAACGAAACUAUUGAGGUCGACAUAUCCGUCACAACCACUGAGAAGUGUACUGCUCUUCAAUGGCUGACGCCUGCUCAAACAUCGAAUAAGAAGCAUCCUUAUAUGUUCUCUCAAUGCCAGGCCAUACACGCCCGGUCCAUCUUUCCCUGCCAAGAUACGCCGGAUGUCAAGUGUACGCUGGACUUCAACAUCACUUCACCACUUCCGGUGAUUGCCAGUGGACUGCCCGUUCGAAGCUCAUCUGAGGCUCCGAAGUCCGAUGCUAGCGGUGAUAUCUCUGAAGCCCCAAUCGGGCCCCGUAGCGUUGUCGCGACUAGUCCCGACAAGCUCAGCGAAUGUCAGUGGGAGCUCGAAGCAGAUACGGAGAAAUUCAUCCAUGCAAUUGAGAAAAUUGUUUACCCUUACGUUUGGGGAGAAUAUAAUGUAUUGAUCCUGCCCCCGAGUUUUCCGUACGGGGGAAUGGAAAAUCCAAUCUUUACAUUCGCCACCCCCAGUAUUAUCUCAAAGGAUCGGGAAAAUAUCGACGUUAUCGCUCACGAGCUUGCGCAUAGCUGGAGCGGUAACCUUGUCACCAAUGCCUCGUGGGAGCAUUUCUGGCUAAAUGAAGGCUGGACUACUUACCUCGAGAGGCGGAUCGUAGCUGCAGUCCAUGGCGAGCCUUACCGUCAUUUCUCGGCCAUCAUUGGGUGGAAGGCGCUCACAGACUCUGUAGAGCACUUUGGUCAUGAACAUGACUUCACCAAACUUAUCACUAACCUGAAGGGCAAGGACCCGGAUGACGCUUUCUCAAGCAUUCCGUACGAGAAGGGAUUCAACUUUCUGUUCCACCUGGAAAAUCUGGUUGGAAAGAGCAAGUUUGAUCAAUUCAUCCCUCACUACUUCAAUAAAUAUAAGGGGAAAUCGCUGGACUCAUAUGAAUUCAAGAGCACAAUCUUGGAUUUCUUCAAGGAUGAUUCGGAAGCCUCGACAGCACUCAACGACCUUGACUGGGACAGGUGGUUCUAUGCGCCUGGUCUACCUCCGAAGCCACGUUUCGACACGUCGCUCGUUGAUGUUGUCUACGAUCUAGCUAAAAAGUGGCUUUCUUUGCCUGACUCUUCCUUCAAGCCUCAGCCAGAGGAUAUCCGAGGCUUGACCGCGAAUCAAGUUGUGGUUUUCUUGGAACAGAUUCUCGCGUCUGAGCGUCAGCUGACGCCUGAAUUGUCAAAGUUGAUGGGUGAAAUAUAUGGACUUGCCAGGAGCGAGAAUAUCGAGGUCGCCAACCUGUUCUUCCAAGUCGGUCUGCAGGCAGGUGAUGCAAGUGUGCUUGAACCGACGGCAGACCUACUCGGCAAGAUUGGUCGGAUGAAAUUUGUGCGACCCUUGUAUCGGAAAUUGGCAAAGUUUGACCGCAAGCGUGCAAUUGAGACGUUUGAGAAGCAUAGGGAUUUCUAUCAUCCUAUUUGUCGUGCCAUGGUUGAAAAGGACCUUUUCGGUAAGAAAGACGAAUAA